CGCAACGUGGAGAGCGGCCGCCAUUUUGGACUGAGUGCCGUUGUUUGGUCGGCCUUCCCUCAGGUUCAGAUGGAGAACGCGUCGGUUCUCGCGUGAGCCUCGGGGCGGCCUGAGGAGCCGUUGGGCCCUUCCUGAGGAGAUGCUUCAUGCUGCCCGUAGGCCGAGAUACUUUGACAAUCGGGAUGUAUCAGCAACCGAAUCAUCUUCUAAAAGGGUGAAACCAUCUGAGGAGCCAUAUGGUAAAUCCUACGAAGGUCUGCAAAUACUUCAUGAGGAAAUACAUGUUAAAAAAACACAUAGUGGGUUUAUUCCAUUGUCCCUGUAUGAUGAUGAGGCACAAGAAGAAAAAGAAACUACAGACAUCCUAUUUAACAAGACAUUUUCUGGUAACAAAACAGUGUCAUCAAAGCAUUUGGAGUCAAUGAAGAAUACUGAGGUUUCUGGAAAUAAAUAUGGUCUUUCUAACAAUACUAGUGCAAUUCAUAACGGAGAAAACAUUGGUUUCAGUGGAAAACAUAAGAACAAAGGAGAGACUGAACUGUAUAGCACAAGCACAGCAUUUAUUGGACCCAUUUAUAAAAAUGAAGAUGGUCGUCAACAUGAUAAAAAGAAAAAGCAUACUGAUAGCAACUGCCAAAAAGUAUCAGGAGCUUUGAGCAAUGGACAUUAUAAUAAAGAAAUGACACCAAAAUAUGUUCACUCCUGUGAUGCACCAAAAAUAGAAGAUGAGUUGUCCCAAUUCUAUAGUGAAAUUGAUCAGCUUGAAAGCAAUGACAAUUGCUUAGACAGUCAUGUACAGGCAACAGUAACAAACUUAAAUGAACAACCAGCAGAAUGUAAUAAAUCUAUCCAGGUUGUUUGUGCCAGCUCUCGAGAAUGGUCCUGUAGGACAUCACCGAAUUGGGGUGAUGGUCAGUGUUUUUAUAAAGAGCCAAGUACUUAUGCAACAGGCAAUGAACCAUAUCCUUACUAUAACCACAUUAGUAGCAGAAAUAGCAGUGGACAGUGUUGUAAUAAUGAACGAGAUGUAUGUGAAACAGAACCAUUAUGUAAUAAGCAAGAAAGUUCUAUAUUCUGGAAUGAUUCUGUGCCUCACUUUAAGCCUAGUUGGCAACCAACAGCUCCAUUUAUAGUACCUUGUGGUCCUUCACCACCUCAGUUUGCCACUCAGUUCAAUUUGCAGGAAACAAGUUCUUCACCAUUUCAUUCACAUAUUUUCCAUUCCUCGAAUGUGGGACCAUUAAAAAACACCCAUAUUACCAUGAGCAGUUCAACACCUGAUCAAAGUAAUGAGUUUGUGAAUCGUUUUGGUACUCAUAAUAUGCAGACUGCCAGAAAUGGAUAUAAUAUGUCUGAUGGACACGUGGUUAAUGGUUUCUGUGAAACCCAAGGAAGUUGGAAAGACUUUAAAAUGUGCCAGAAUGAAGGAUCCAGUAUUGUUUCUCAGCAGAUUCCUGAGACUAAAUUCUGUGAAUCACAGAAGCUACUCUUCAUUUUAAGAGGUCUUCCAGGCUCAGGGAAGACAACAUUGUCCCAUAUUCUUCUUCGUAAGAGCCGGGAUGGCAUUGUAUUCAGUACCGAUGAUUACUUUCGUCAGAACAAUGGAUGCUGGUCAUAUAAUAUUGCUUUGCUUGGUAAUGCUCAUGACUGGAACCAGAAGAGAGCGAAAGAAGCAAUGGACCAUGGAAGAUCUCCAAUUAUAAUAGACAACACAAAUACACAAGCUUGGGAAAUGAAGCCUUAUGUGGAAGCGGCUCUAGAAAAGGGCUACAGAGUUGAAUUCCAUGAACCAGACACAUGGUGGAAAUUUAACCCUGAGGAAUUAGAAAAGAGGAACGAACAUGGGGUCAGUCGUGAGAAGAUUGUCCAAAUGUUGGAAAGAUAUGAAUAUCAAAUGUCAAUACCCAUUGUAAUGAAUUCAGUGUUACCUUUUCACAAAACUUCACAAAGGCCACCACCACAAAGAAGACAGAGGGAAUUGGACAUAAAGAAGAAUGACAAGUUGCACAAGAUGAAACAGAGGAGGAAACAAAAGAGAAACCAAAAAAUGAAAGGUGCUGCUAUAAAAUCAAUGGGAGAAAAAUCAAAUAGACAAUUAACUUCAAGUGAUGAAGACUCAUCACAGAGUGGAUAUGAAGAUUCAGAAGGCAGCAGAAAACCAGCAUUUGUGUCUGAACAUUCAAAUGAGUCCAAAGAGGGUGGUGAAAAUGGUUCAGCCAAUAAUGAUGUAAAACUUUCUAUGUUGAAAAAAGAAAGCAUCCUUCUUUCCAGUUUCGAGCAUCCAUUGACUUCAGGCAAUUCACCAGAUCCAGAUGUUCUUGCAGGAAACAGCAGUUUGCCUGUAGCGAGUUUACCAGCUGUUCUAAAAGAACACAUAAUUGGACAGUCACUUGGUGAUCAUGUGUCAAAUAGAACCCAAAGUUCAAUCUCUGAAGAAAGCAGGAGCAACAUGCCAGAGUAUAACCAUCCAAGCUGUUCUCUAAAAUUGGACCAUAAUGGUACAGAUAAUAGUAUUGGCUUAACCAAUAUGAAAGGCAAAGAUGGACCUACUAAUAGUGUUGUUGGACUGACCCUUGAAAGUAAGCAGUUCAGUGACAAGGAGGAAGCAACCAUUCUUCAUCACUAUAAUGCAUCACAGAGGAAUGAGACAAAUACUUUCUUUUCCUUUGACAUGGUUGCCAAAAAACCAAAUGCAAACUCUGAUAAAAGUGAAUUUAGCAGGAAUUGGCUUGAGGAUACAUCUAAAAUCAUAUAUGAUCAAAGACCAAAAAAAGUGAGGAAGCCUAAGAAGUCUUUUUCAGAAACUACAGCAGAGCUACUUGAUCAUGGAUCUAGUAAAGAAUUUACGGAAAACAAAAAUGAUGAAGUGUUAGAUGGAAAUAGCAUUACUGGUGGUCCUGUACCAUCACUGUUAAGUAAGAACACAUGGGAAAUGCCAUGCACCAUAAUAGAUUAUUUUGCCAUUGGAUCUGGAACUAAUGGUAGUGGUACUAGUGAUGUAACCACAUUAACCUCACCAAACAAAAAAGGAAGAAGCAAAAGAAUCUUCAAAUUGGCCCCCAAAUUUGAUGUACCCAGGCAGAUUCCUAUUAGAAAGGAAGAGAAAAUGGUAAAGGAGGUAGAUGUACUGUUGAAAGAAGAAAUUUCAAAUGAAGACACUGGAGAAAAUAGCAAACAAAGCCUAGGCCCUCCAUCUUCUGACUCUGUAGUAGAUGUUUCUCAAUUUAAUGUGGAAUAUCUUAGUUGUAAUAAUUCCAAAGAACUUGUGAAGCAAUCUGUGGACUCACCAGCAAAUGCUGCUCCAGUUCAGAUGUGUCCUCUUUCUUUUGAAGCUUUAUUGCCUUCUGAACAAUCGAUGAUAGAAGCUAACACUGAGAAAGAGGGUGACAAAGUACUUCCAGAAGUUUCAACCACUCAGCCAGAUAUUUUGUAUUCGGUUAAAGACCUUUCUGAGUGCCUUACAAGAUCAUCUGCUGAAACACUAGAAAACACACAACUUCACGAAACAGGAUUAACAGUUGCUUCCCAGAUCAAGGAUAAUCAAGACCCAUUAAGUGCUGAAUCCAGUUUCUUGGGGCUUCCUUUAUCACUAGCAUUUGCAGCUCAACUAGUAGAACUUUUUGGUUCUCCUGGAGUUUCAUUGGGGACCUUAUUACCAGAUGAUUAUGUAGUUCCUCUUGAGUGGGAAACCUCAAAAGAGAUCUAUUUACAGUGGAAGAUGUCUGUAGAGAAGAAACAGAAGAAUAAUAUAUUAAAAGAAGAAGGUUCCUUGACAGAUGCAGGUGACCUAGAAGAGUCAAAUAAAGAUGGAGAGAGAGACAACUCUUCUGAAGAUAACCAAAAGAUCUCAUUGCCAGAAACAUUGUUUUGACGAAAUCCGCUUAGAUACCAAGUUCAAGCAGCAGUGGUGAUCUAUUCUGAAUUUUCAUCUAAAAAUAAACAUCAACUGCUUUGAGCAGAAAGGAUUGUUCGCUUUUUCUUCAUCAUGGAUGGACUCCAGUUAACAUCCUGCUGUAAUCAUUAAAAACGAUGAGGAAAACAUAAAA